AAGCUAGUUAUUACAUCCUUUAGUUUUUUUUUAAAUGCAUGAAUGUAAUUUGUGGUCCCUAAAACUUGCUGUGCUUUUUCUUCUUAUCCAUUUGAUUGAAGGGUAAUAACACUUUUGGCCCCUUCUGAUUAGAAAACGUAAAUCAAGCUAUGUGCUGGGGCCUUAUCUGUUUGAUGCUUUUCAUAAUUUUGGCCCCUCACAUGUCAUCUUCAUAUAUAGCUGCUACCUGAUUGCAAGUCUUUUGUACUAUUACACCAUAAUUUUUCACAUUUUUUCCUGUUUUCUAGACUUGUUGCUUUGAUCUUUAUCUGUGUCUAGCUGCUUGAUUGUUGAUCCUGCUUUAAUUUUCUUGUCUCACAGAUCAAGUGUCCCAGUGGUUCAAUCCAAGUUUUCUUUUAACAGAUCCAUGGAUUUAGAGCAAUGUUAUGCUCAGGAAUGGAGUGCCAUCUCCGGUGCUUCAAGAAACGAGAAUUUGAAUGGUAACUUUGACUGCAAUAUCUGCUUAGACUUCGCACAUGAGCCGAUUGUAACACUCUGCGGCCACCUCUUCUGCUGGCCUUGCAUCUAUAAGUGGCUUCAUGUCCAGAGUGCUUCCCUUGAUUCAGACGAGCAUCCACAGUGUCCCGUUUGCAAAGCUGAUAUAUCCCACACCACCAUGGUGCCCCUUUAUGGCCGUGGCCAAUCUGAAUCCGAGUUUCGAGGCAAGGCACUUUAUAGGGGUAUGGUGAUACCCCCUAGACCGCAAGCUUGCGGCGCACAAUCCCUUUUAUCACCUACACCCCAGAACGGCCAGCAUUUUCCUUAUCGCAACCCUUAUCAAAACCAAAACCAAAACCCUCAUGCUUACUAUGAAGAUAAUCCAUCUUCACCGAUGCUUAACCUCAGAGGCACAUUCCAUCAUCCUCUUGUCGGGAUGUUCAGAGAGAUGGUAUAUGCAAGGGUCUUCGGGAACUCAGAAAGCACAUACACGUAUCCGAACUCACAUCCGUUGACGGGAAGUAGCAGCACCCCCAGGUUAAGAAGACAUGAGAUGCAGGCAGACAGGUCACUAAAUAGAAUCUCAAUCUUCCUCUUCUGUUGUUUCCUUUUGUGCUUGAUUGUAUUUUGAGCUUCUUAUCUGCCAAUUGUUUUGUAUAAAUUGUAAAGAAUCAAGAUGUAAACUCGUGGUAUAGCUGCAUAGGCAGAUGAGAUCAUACUGUAUGAUAUAAAGUAUAAAUAUCAGAUUUUAGCUGAAAACGGUCA